UUCCAAUUUACAGGAAAAAAUUUAAAUAAAGAAUAUUUUUUUAUUCUUUCAGAUGGCUGUUGAUUUAGAGUCUUUAUCGGAGGCUACUUCGGGUGCUUUAGGGUCAUUGUUAAGCACCACGAUCUUGUACCCUCUUGAUACUUGUAAAACCAAGUACCAAGCCGAGGUUCAAUCCCAUGGUCAACGAAAAUACAGGAACCUUUCAGAUGUACUUUGGGAAGCGGUAUCGACCGGCCGAAUUCUUUCUUUAUACCAAGGUUUAGGCACAAAAAACCUACAGUCAUUCAUUGCACAAUUUAUCUAUUUCUAUGGAUAUAGCUACUUCAAAAGACUGUAUCUACAAAAGAGCAGUUCCAAGUCGAUUGGAACGAAAGCAAACUUGAUUCUUGCUGCAGCGGCAGGGGCUUGUACUGCUAUUGUCACUCAGCCCCUGGAUACAGCCUCCUCAAGGAUGCAAACCAGUGCGUUUGGAAAAUCGAGAGGGCUCUGGAAGACCCUCUCAGAGGGCACCUUGAGUGAUGCAUUCGAUGGCCUUGGCAUAUCUCUUUUGCUUACCUCCAACCCUUCAAUUCAGUUUACAGUUUUUGAUCAGCUGAAACAAAGACUACUUCAGCAAAAAUUGAAGGAAGAAGACCAUGGUUCGUCCCCGGUAGUUCUAUCUGCCUUCACAGCUUUCCUGUUAGGUGCAGUUUCGAAGAGUAUUGCAACUAUUUUGACUUAUCCGGCAAUCAGGUGCAAGGUAAUGAUCCAAGCCGCAGAUCCAGACGACGACGACGGUGAUCAAACUAAGAGAGCACAAUCAAAACCACGGAAAACAGUGUUGGGUGUCAUCCGUACUAUUUGGAAAAGGGAAGGGAUUUCCGGAUUUUUCAAGGGAUUAGAGGCUCAAAUCACGAAGACCGUGUUAAGCUCUGCUUUGCUUCUGAUGAUCAAAGAGAAAAUUUCAGCCACAGCCUGGGUUCUUAUACUUGCUGUCCAAAGAUAUCUAUUGCUUACAAGGAGUAGACUAAAAAAGGCAUGACAUGAACAAAUAUCAGCUAUUACUUGGAGUCUAAGUUAACGAUCUGACAUCAUUCGGAUACAAACCGUUUGUAGUUUAUCGGAGUAAGGUUCGGAUUCUUUGAAACUUAGCCGCAGCAACGUCGAUGCUCUUUCAGGUAAACCAACCAGAGAUGAUCUCUUUCUGCUUCAUCCUCGAAAUAAGCGUGUAAGUCGGAAUGCAAAGCGAAGACAGUCGCAUAAUAUUUACUUGUAGUACAAUUGCGUAUUCUUUUCAAAUUAUAGUAUAGAAUUAUGUCGUCGUUUUCCUUUCGGUUAGAAGACGGGAGCAUCGCGGUUCGAAGCUAGGUAUAGAUGCUGCUUAUAUAACAGAAUGUGGAGGUAUCAAUGGCUAAUGGCUUGAUGCUCUGAAAUAUUGUUAUUACCAUGACAGGCAAGGGGUUAAAGAAAGAA